GUCUGCAGCCUACCCGGCUCACGGAAGGAAUCUACUCUGCCUUGUCUCUGUUUUCUCUGGAGCAACCUGAAGACAGGAGCACGGCCUCAAGGAGACAAGGGUGCCUUGAUGAAGAUGCAUUAUGACACAGUGAGUAAUUGGAAGCCAAAGUCUGGGCUGGAGACAGCAGCCUGCCCGGCUCAGGGAAGGAAUCUGCUUUGCCUUCUCUCUGGUUUCUCUCCAGCAAACUGAGAACAGGAGCCUGGCCUCAAGGAGACAGCCAUGGGCACAGCAGGGUCCACCCCUGAUGAGCCCCUGCUCAGAGGCAAAAGGAGGCAAGAUCUCCAAGAGAUGCUGACAGAAGUAGGACUGCCAGUUGAGUACUGGUUACCCAAGCUGCAGGAACACCUGGGUGUCACCUGUGCCCAGGCCUUACAGCACCUGGAAGAAAAAGACCUCCAGAAGCUGAAAUCCCAGGCACAACAUCCCUGGGAGAAAAGGGCCCUGGAGAAGCUGCUUGACCUGUCACACUCAAAUAGUCUUUCAGAGCUACAGGACUCUCAGGUGGAAAUGAUACAGAAAAAGCAGAAGCAGGUAGAGCAGGCACUGCAGGAGCUACGAGACUUGCUGUCUGAGGGGAGGCAGCGACAGGAAGAGGCAGUGAGGAAAAAAGAGGCAGAGCUGAGGGAGGCAAUGGACAUCCCCAAAGAGUACUGGCCACCCCCUGAAAAGUCCCUAAAAGAAGUCAUGGAAAACAUGCAGCGACAACUCAACCUCAUGGAAGGGACCCUGUCUCAUAGGCAAAACCUGCCAGAUAGAGAUCUGGUGAGAUGGGCAUCUGGAGGGCUGGCCCUGCAGGGAAUUUACAAAACCGGCUACCAACAGGGCCUAAUAGAGAAGAGAGAGGAGCUACUCUGUGUCCCCAAGGAGUUCUCACUCUUUGGCCCUGAGCAGGGUCCACGGAUGGAAACAAAGGAAUUUACAUCUUCUCAAGCAGAAUCUAUGUUCACCCAGACUAUAGAGAAGCUGGGCUUCAGUGUAACUGCCUCAGCCAAGGCAGGAGGUUGGGGAUUUAGCCUGGAAGCUGGUAUGGAUCACAGCAAACAUACAGAAUCCAAGGAGACCCGACAAUCACGUUCUGAGCACUCUUAUUUCUGCUCAACCAAGUUCAGCUAUGUCCCGCUGGCCUCCUGCCACUUUCCCAUUGAUCAGCUCCAGUUCUCCAAGGCUGCUCUCCAGGAAUUGAAAUGCAUUGAAGACCUUCUGGGUCAAGCUGAAGGCCCAGACAGACUCUCCUUGCUGAGCUGCAGGACGGAAGCCUUCUUCAACAGGUUUGGCUCUCACGCUAACCAGGGCCCUCUGCACCUGGGAGGAAUCUACUGGUGGAAAGCCAUUUCAGAGGGUUUCCAAAGUGAGCAGCUGGCAGAAGUGAAGCAGCAGUCGGCAGAGGCCCUGGAUAGUUACAUACGGGGCAGCUACAGUGGCUUUGGAGUGAAAGUUGCUGCAGGUGUGGAUGUGUCAGACUCUCAUUCAAAAGCAACCUCUGAGAGCACAACCUUCCAAAAUCUCCAAACCAAAGUCCAAUUAUCUGUGGCCCAGACAGGUGGCCCACCAGAAGCAAAUGGCCUUUUGCAGUGGAAAGCUGGCCUAGUUGCCAGUAAUCAAACCUGGUGUGUCAUUGACCGGGGAUUUCAGCUGGUGCCCGUUUGGGACAUCAUUCUUUCCAGCCACAGAAGCGAUUUUAAGGAUCCUCUUCAGGUAGCUAACUGCAUGAAAGACAGCUACGCUGCUCUGACUGGCCUCCCUGCCCAGAUCCAAGAUGCAGAAAUAUUACUGAGUGUUGGAAAGGAGGCUAGAGUUUUCCUAGAGGAGGUGAACUCCUGGGAGGUAUCUGAUCCUGAAGAGCAGCUUAAAAUAUUGAUAAAUUUCAUGCAAACGUUGAGUCAAAAAAUAAAAAGUUAUGACACUUGGAUUAAAAUAUGUCUCACCGAUUGGGGUCUUCAGAAUUUUCUGGUAAACCUUGUCAACUUUCACAAAAAGUCCUCCGUUCCUAACACUACAUUUAUUAAAUCUCAGUUGCGCACCCUUCUGGACCCUCACAUCUACAGAGUGACAAACUUUCCUCAGGCUCAUUCCAUCAUGCAGUGGAUCUUCCAAUCAGAGUCAGAGCAAGAGCAUAUCAACAUCUCCCAAUUUUCUGAAUUCAUUAAAAUCUUAAAAGAAACCCAGAAAGACCUCAUGGAGGUGAAGGCCAAAUCUGAGUCCCCAGAAACAGUGGAGGAAGCUCAAAGGAAAGCCACUUAUGAGGUCAGCUUGCAUCUUGGCUGCUUCUUGAAUCACCUCCGAGAGCAAGAGCAGCCAGACACACAGCUCUUGCUACUUUCCAUUGCUGCUGGUGCAGGAUAUCAUGUGGAAAACAAUACUUUUCAGUAUCUCCUGGGGCGUGAUGAGUUAGACUUCCUACUGGAUGAAAUGCAAACUGCCCAUGAUAAAUAUCAGGAGCUCAAAAGCAUUUGCAGCUACAGGGCUCAAGCAUUCCUGGUGCUCACAGGUCUGACAGCUACUGCUGGAGUCACAGCUAUUUCUCCAGAGGAGAAAACACAACGCUUGGCUUUAAUUAGACAUCGCAUGGGGCAAUCCUUGUCAAAAGAAGUUAUACAUGUCCUCACCAAACUUGGAGCAGAUCAUGACUGGGAAAACCUAGAGGAAGAUUUGAGAUUGCUCAUUGAUGGGAAUUACGAAGCCACUGUUUCUUCGUUGCAAAUGGAUGAGGUGAGAAAACAAUUGCAAAGUCUCUUCAAUGAAAAUAAACACCCCACUGAGCCACACGAGAAUAAAAAUGACAAGUUGGAGAUCAUUGAAAAUGAAGCCUUCCUAGAAUUACUUGAGCGUCUAGGCCUGGAACAUUACCAUCCAAAAAGGAUGAGCAAAGCUAACUUUCAUCUGAUCUACAAGACUUCUGUGUGCAACACCCAGCCAAGCUCUGAACGUGAGCUUCCUUUCUAUUUCCUGCAGAAGCUAGUGAUGCUGGAUUAUGGGCUGAGAUACCUGGUCUAUAAAGAUGAUGCAAUCACAGAGAAUCAAGCUUAUACAACAGCCUCAAAUCAGGAAGAUGAGGCUUCUGAUCCAUAUGAAGACUUUUUUGAAGAUCGUGAUAGUUCCACUAAUCCUACCACUAAUCCCAGGCCACAUAUCCACCCUAUGGAUAUUCAGAUGGCAAUUCUUCUCUGUGCAGAUGGUUUUGCCAGACAAUAUAUUUUGACCAAACUUUCUGUUUGUCAGUUUGCCCUCCCCCUUCUCAUACCUAAUCCCUGCAAUUCUCAGAUUGAAUUCUCUCUCUGGUCUCUGAGUCAAAUUAGAAGAAGCUGGCAGCAGGCAAAGAAAUCACCAAAAGAGGAGAAAACCAAUUACAACAAUCAGCAGAUGUGUCGUGUCUCUACCCCCAUUGUGUCGUUUAUUAGAGUUGGAGAUGGCUUCUCUGCUUCCAAAUCUCAGAUCAUGAACUGUCUUCUCAGUAAACGUAAACAUGACGCCUUUUUUCACCGACAUUGCAGAGAGAGCAGCAAAGACUGUCUCUUGAUGGAAGGUGUGGUGGAAGUCUGCUGGUUCUGUCCUGGGGGGGAGGAUGACGACAGAUUUGACAACUGCUUGACCUUCACCAAUCUUCACGGAGAUGCAAAGAAACAUAAGAAGCAACUCACCUUCCUGCAGGAGGUCUCUUCUCUCAUUGUGGUCCUCAUGUCAACUUCUGAUGACAAUAAAGAAAACCGAAAAGUUGUCCGUGACCUGUGGCAGUCAUCAAAACCUUUGAUCUGUUUGCUUGAUGACAAAGAAAGAACCAUGGCCAAUACUUCUGGCCAAAGAGUGAAAAUUGGGAUCCGGAACAGAAAUGAGGCAGAAUUAACACAGGAGCUCACAACUGCAAUCAGACGUUUUCUAGAGCUUUCUGGAGCUGCUCUCAGCUUAGAGGACUGUGCCCAGAUUGCUCGCAAGCAAGGAUUCCUGAUCGAUGAGGACCAGAGAGAUUGCAAGGAAGCCAAAGAAAAGGCAGAGGUUCUAAUGGCCUUGUUAAGAGAAACGAAGAUAUCCCAGAUGAAGGAAAAAUUACUACCCCUUCAAGGAGAACUGUGGCACCGUUGGUGUAAAAAGGACAAAGAAUUCUACCAUCUGAGAGAAAAGGGGAAUCGGAGCAUCGAAAAACACAAGAGUGAGAUUGAGACAGAUAAACAAAUUAUACGGCAUCAACAGCUGAAUAGAGCCUUUCCUCUCAAUGAUUUAAUGCAAUCUGUCCUUCAGAUUCUCAAAAACCCUUCAGAAACUGACACCAAACUCUACUUCUUGCAAUGGCUGAGUGUGUUUUUGGACAACCUGACCACAGGACACUUGGAAAAACUGAAUGAAAAGAAAAAGGCUUUGUACAAACAGUUACAAACCGAAAAGCAAAAGGCACCAAAGAGCAAAAACCUGAAAAAGUGGCAAAAUGAGAUAGAAUUUGUCUCUGCAGAGAUUACUAACUGUACCUUGGGAAUUGAGCAGCUUCUCAGAGAAGUUGGCCAGAUCUAUGAAGCUCUAGAAGAAGCUUCCUCCGCCAAAGAUAGCCUUUUUCUCUCCCUUCCCCAGAUUGCUGCAGAGCUGAUGAUAGCCGGUGUUCCCAUUGAGCUGAUGGAUGGGGAUGCUUCCUAUGUGCCUCUAAAGUGGGUGGCAGCUGUUUUUGACAUGGUCGCCAAGAAACUUGGAGACAAACGGCUCUUUGUUCUCUCUGUCCUGGGCCUGCAGAGCUCAGGAAAGUCCACCCUGCUGAAUGCCCUUUUUGGGCUGCAGUUCACUGUCAGUGCUGGGAGGUGUACUCGGGGGGCCUACAUGCAGCUCCUGAAGGUGGAAGAGACAUUCACGGAGGAACUCGGCUUUGACUUUAUGCUUAUUGUGGACACAGAAGGACUUCGGGCCCCAGAACUCAGCAAUAUAUCCCAGAAUCAUGACAAUGAGUUGGCAUCCUUUGUCAUUGGACUUGGAAACUUGACUCUGAUCAAUAUUUUUGGGGAAAAUCCAUCAGAAAUGCAAGAUAUUCUACAAAUAGCUGUCCAAGCCUUUCUGAGGAUGAAACAAGUAAAAAUCUCCCCAAGUUGCCUCUUUAUCCAUCAGAAUGUGGGGGAAGUUACAGCUAAAGACCAAACAAUGGAAGGACGAAGGCGGCUAGAGCAGAAACUAGAUGAAAUGACAGCAACAGCGGCUGAACAAGAACAGUGCUCAGAUGUAACCCACUUUAGUGAUGUCAUCAAGUUUGAUGCCAAUACUCAUGUCUACUACUUUGCUCAUCUCUGGGAUGGCAAUCCCCCGAUGGCCCCGCCCAAUCCUCGCUACAGCCACAAUGUCCAGGAACUGAAAAGUAGAAUUCUUGACACUGCCAAAGAGGAAUCCAGGGGAAGUAUCAUGAAAGUAUCAGAUGUACAAUUCCGAGUUAAAGAUUUGUGGAGAGCCCUGUUGAAUGAGAACUUUAUUUUCAGCUUCAGGAACACCCGAGAAGUCAUGGCCAUGAGCAAAUUGGAAACCAUGUAUAACAACUGGACCUGGGAGCUGAGGAGUCAUGUGCUGAGCUUGCAGAACAAGCUGGUAAACCAGAUUCAGAAUGGAAAAAUCCAGAUAUUCAGGACAAGCAUAUUCAAGGCUUCAGUUACAGAAAAAUAUGAGGCCAUCAAGCAAGAAUUGGAGAAAUAUUUUAAUGAGGACCCAGAUAGUGAAAUACUGGUUCAGUGGAAAGCAAAUUUUGAACAUAAGCUAAUAAUCCUGAAAGAGGCACUUAUUUCAGACAGCCAAAGAAUAGCCAAUGAACUUAUUAGUUUUAAAAAAAGUCAAGAAGAACUAGAUAACCAAAAGUCAGGUUAUGAAAAAGAAUUAUUAGAAAGAAGCCGAAAGUUGGCUUUAACAGUGAAGGACAAACAACUGAGUGAGGAAGAGCUACGUGAGAAAUUCGAUCGACUUUGGAAAAAAUGGGUCUAUGCUGUGUCCUCAACGCUCCCUCCAAUCACAAAGCCUGACAUAGAUGUGGAUUCUGAAGACAUCCUUUUGAAUCAUUUCAAACAGGAGAAAAACAUGGGGGACAUACUGAAGAGAACUUCUGGAGAAAAGUUUCAAAUCACCUAUGACAAACAUGUCAAAAUGACCAAGAAAUACUGGGUGGUUGAAAGGCAAUUAGAGGUCUCUGAUAAAGAAUCCAUAAAGAUGACUACUGACCGCAUUCUUUCAAGAUUCACUGAAACCAUAAAUAACAUUCAGAAGCAACAGCGUGAUUACAACCCUAGUUAUUUCCAUGAAAUCCUGAGAAUAAUAGAUGAGGAGGUGAAAUCUGCGCCCACUAGGGAAAGAUACACAUUUACGAGUGAUUAUAAAAUUGACUUAUCUUUGCAUUUAUUCCAAAGAGCAUCAAAGAAAUUUAAUGAGAUGCAUGAGGUAUUCAAGAGAGCAAAUGAUCCUGUAAACUAUCUGCAAAGCAAAAAAGAUGAUUUCUUCAUGAGUUUUAAGAUCUCUUGUCAAGGAGCAACCUCAAUCAAAACAUUUGUUGAUUUUCUGUGGGAAAAACUCACUCCUGCUAUUUCCAUCACCAUAAGGAAAAAAAUGGUCCCUAACAUUGCUGGGGACAUACGAGCUACCUGCCCCGCAUUCAAUGGAAACAGGGCUAACCUGGAAAAACACAUUCUCAUCUCUCUGGCAGAGGAAGAAAAUUUUGAUAAUUACUGGCAGUACAUUCAUAAUCCAGAAUUAUUUUUUAGGAAUUACAUUAAAAGCCAUAUUGAAAGAUAUUGCUCAGACGUUGGAAGGGAAAAAAUGAAGACUUUCUUAAAUAUAUGUUUAGAUGACAUCAAGAAUGCCAUCCUCUCAGCUAUUCAUGAAUCCACAGCAAUAGCUAAAGAUAAAAGCAGCACUGUGUCUGAGUGGUUGGAUUUGUUCUGUGAGGGCCUGGGGAGUAACUUGAUCUUUCCACGAAAAGAUUUAAUAAGCAUUGAACACCAGGAGAUAAAAGAUACUGAGUUUCUCAAACAAGCCAUGAGCACAGCUUUGGAUCCCACAAUGAAGAGAGCUGAACAGAAAUAUUUGAGCAUGUCUGGAGAAGAAAUGGCUCUUGAAAUCCAGAAAAUGCUCUCUGAACAUCUCUGUGGCUGCUGGAAACAGUGUCCCUUCUGUAGAGCAAUUUGUACAAACACAUUGCCUGCACAUGACGGAGACCACAGUGUUCCCUUCCACCGUCCUCAGGCUGUCAAUGGCGGGAAAUGGGUUAAAACAGACCACUUUGCCAUUGAGUUCUGUACUAGUCAUGUAGCAAGUGAUGUUCUUUUCGUUUUGCAAGAUGGCCGGGAAUACCCAUAUAAGAACUAUCGACAGGCAGGAGGGGAGUAUGCCACAUGGAGCAUCACCCCAGACUCAUCCACCCAGCCAUACUGGAAAUGGUUUGUCUGUCGCUUCAGAUCAAAACUAGAAGAAAGGUAUCAGCUGAAAUUUAGAGGUAGAGGUGAAAUCCCUGAUGCAUGGACCAAAAUCACAAAGCAGAAUGCGCUUGAUGACCUGAAAAAACAAUAAUAUUUAAUGACCAAAAAGCCCCAAUAUGUGAAGAAAAAAGUCACAGAACCUGAACAAGCCUGAAAGACCCGCUCCUCACAAUGAGAAUCCUCAUUAUUUCCAUUUUUCAAAUGUCACAUCUAAAGACAGAUCUUUAGCAUUUCAAGAGUUGAAAAUUUCCUGUGAAAGGGUUUCAUUUUUCUUUGCCUCAACUCCUUCUGGUUUAAAAACACAUUACUAAAAACAUAUGAACAUAUAAUAAAAUUACAUAGGAUCUACUUAAAAGAACGACUUCAUAUUUUAAACUAUUAUUAGGAGUGUUGUCUUGACUUUGAAAUAUUUAAUGUUAUAUAAGUGUCGGAGAAAGUCAUUUUUAUAGAGGGAAAUCAAACACCAUUUCAGACUGCUACAAAUUUAUAUAUGGACAUUUCGACCAACAUACAGUUCUUCGCCGCAAGGCAUGAAUUGUCCUUACUUUGUAAGUGCAUUUUUCACCCCCUGAAAUUGUGCAGAAAAGUUACUACCCCUUGAGUGGAAAAACACUCAGGGAAAGUUCAUGAUUCCCAAGCAGCGUAAUACUUAGGCAUACUCCAUUCUGGGAAACCAUAAAAGAGAGAGUUGGCCAGGAUAGAGUCUGCAUCAGUUCAGGAAACAUCAAGCAAAUAUGGGAAACACAAAUCAAAAACUGUUUUUCUCAUGUCACCACUACUCUCUUCUACCCUGGCCUCUUGGCAGUUCCCUGUGCAUGUUUAAAAAAGAAAAAAAGGGUUCACAAGAGCUUAGGUAUCCAAAGCCUAGUGCUGUGCACAAGUCUGAGAAGGAGUGGCUUUUGGAGCAAGAUUUGGGACUAGGUAAGAAGGGCCAUUUUAAUCAAGGCCGUGGGCAAAGUCAAAUGUGAUGAAGUCAUUGAUGAUUACAAAAACUAUUACUCCAAGAAUAAAACAUCAUAACAUAUAUACUUUAUAGGAUCUGAUAUUUUAAUAAUAGAUUCUAUUUUAUGUAUUCCAAUGUAAGGAAAUGCUUAUCAGGCACCCUUGGGAAUUUUCACACUAUUUGAGCCAUAGGGCCAUGAUCUGAAUGAAAAUCAAGAACACUCUGAAGCCAGCCAAGGAGCUCAGAGGGGAACGAAAUCAUUGUUCUGCAAACCUCUACCUUCCGAAACAACAACUUCUGCUGGUUCUCAAAGCUGAUAAGCUAGAGAAAUUCUGACACAAAGAAGAAAAGUUCCUCAUUUGGGACGUAAGGGCAUCCAUUGGCUUUCAUUUACAGGCACACUCACCACCCCUCCACAGCCUGUGAAACCGACAGUCCAGGGAACAGCAGGCCAAGGAUUUGCAUCUUCAGAGCUGGAGAUAGGAGUGCUGACUCUGCUGGCUUUGUCUCCUCUAAGGGCUUCAAGCAUACUCUCAGUUUCAGGUCAAAUUACCCAGGCCUCUAGGAGAAAUCCUGAAACACAAAAGUUAUGAAAGAAACUGGUGUUCUUGAACUGUUUUCCUUUUGUUCCCUGGAAAACAGUCUGGUUGAGAAUUGGAAGGACCUCCUAACAUGAUAAGUUCAAAUGGAAAUAGAACCCCUGCAUAGCAUGGCGCCUGUCUCUCACAUCACUGUGGCCUUGAAAACUGAAAUAUUCACUUAACCUGUGCUAAAUGCUUUUUGUAUUUGUUUAAUGAAUCCAUAAUGGCCUUUAACUAAGAGGUAUCACAUAUAUCAUAUAUUAACUUUUAUUUUAAAGCCAAAAUUAUUGUGUCAAUAAAAAACAUCUUUGAUAAAUUCUUCAGUCAUUUAAGCAUUCUGACUAUAAAGUGAGAUUCAGAGGCUGUGCCCAAGAGAUCAAAAAAAUACUGGCAAGAAGCAAAUUGGGAUAGAGAGAAGAUGACUAUGUGGGAAUGGUGUUUUCUGUGAUAGUACUGGAGAGAGUAAUACUGCCAUCAAGGUGGUGUCAAGAUUAAGGGGAUUACACUGUCAAUGGGUUGGAGUCACUGAGGGUGGAGACCUCAGGGACAGUGGAGGAGGAGGAAAUGGAGUCAAUAGGGAUGACAAUCAUAUGAUCAUCAAGAGUGAGAGACACUGUGCCCAGGUGUUGGUCACAGGAUUGGAGUUGACCAGCGUUCUAAGGAUAGUAGAGGUAAGGGUCACCCGGUCAGUGGAAUGAGUCUCUCAGACUCAGCGAAAGUGGGAAACAUAAAAACCCAGGAAUUGGUGGUCACCACAUCAACAGAUUUAGGGGAUUUCAGAGUAAGUGAAGUAAGAGAUUCCAAGUGCCAUGUGAAAGAAGGAGUCACAAGGCCUGUAGGAGUGGGGCUAGGAGGGUGAUGAAGUCUCAGACAACAUCAAACUAUGUGAGUAAGAUGUGAGUGACUUAAAUAAAGAUCAAAAUUUGCACUGAGAAGUUCUCAAGUAAGUUUCCCUCUCAGAGAUGAAGAUAAAAAUAAGAGAAAGUCUAGGGAGUGGGCUGGGUCCUGGAAUAAACGUUUGUGUCCUCCUAAAUUCAUAUGCUGAAGCCCUGACUCCCGAUGUGCUUUAAAGAAUGGGGCCUGUGGAGGUCAUUAGGUGAGA